AUGAAUUUUACGUAUGUGAUUGCGUGUAAUGCAUCUUCAACUGGAGCAAUUUUCAUCGAUUCACCACCAAUUGUUCCACCAACGUACCUUCAAGGAGUGGCUAUUGUUAUCUACACGAUUUUAAGUAUUGUUACUGUUGGUGGUAAUGCACUUGUAUAUUUAACUGUAUUUCAUUAUAUGGGCAUUGCAACUGGUACAAAUCUAUUUAUUGCAAAUUUAGCUGUAACAGAUUUUUUUAUUGGUCUUGUUUGUAUUCCAAUAGUGCUUAUUUCGGAUUAUCUUUUAUCAGAUUGGCCCUUUGGAAUAUUUAUGUGUAAAUUUACGUCAUUUGCUCAAUCAGUUUUUGUUGUUUGUACUGUUUACACUUUAAUAGCUAUGUCGGUUGAUCGAUACGUAGCUAUAAUUUAUCCAUUGCAUGCUAAAUUAACAAGAAAACAAUGUUAUGUGUUAAUUGCUGCACUUUGGGCAUUUUCUAUUGUAUUUAGUUUUCCGAUAUAUUUCGAAAUGCAUAUUGUUCGGAUAUGUUUUCAUCGAGAUUUCGAGGAUACCAAAGAAUAUUCUCAAACAGUAUGUCAAACAAAUGGUCUAUCGACUUCAAUACAAACAAUUUAUAAUAUAAUGACUUUAACAAUAAUUUAUUUAUUACCAUUAAUUAUCCUAUCAAUCGUUUAUUUACGUCUAGGCUGGCAAUUGAAUCGAAGUCAAGCACCAGGUGAAGCACAUUCACGACGGGAUGCAAAAAUUAAAAAGUCGAAAAGAAAAGUUAUUAAAAUGUGUUCAAUUGUUGUUAUUAUGUUUGGUGUUUGUUGGUUUCCAAUGCAAUUAUAUACAAAUAUAUUACAUCCGUAUCUUAAUCGAAUAUUCGAUCAAAAAUAUAUGCCUCAUUUUUAUUUUGCCUUUCAUCUCAUGGCAAUGAGCAAUUCAUGUGUUAAUCCAUUUAUAUAUGGUAUUAUGUCAUCAAAAUUUCGCGCUGGCUUCUUACAUUAUUGGCACUGUUUAACGUCAUCUUACGGGUCAGUAACCGAUCAUUUUCGACCGAUAAGAAGUGCAAAUGAGAGUAUUGUGCUAACAGUUUCGUUACAAGGAACGCAAGGAGCAUAUAAAGCCAAUGCUGCAAAUCAUCAACCUGCUGAGGAUUCUCAAAUAAAUCGUGCAUGUUCUCGUUCUAUGAUUCCGUUGAUGCGAUCGAACAAAUCAUCAGCCUAUGAUUAA